UAUUUUUUAUUUUUUAGUUAUUCUAUAUUAAUUUUUAAUACUUGAUUGUUGCUGUUUUAAUGUAGGUUUAGAAUAGUUAGAUUGAUGCUAAUUGUAUUUGUAUAGAAUGGCACUUGAAAGCAAUUUUUGAGUUAGUGAGCAUUGGUUUAUCCCAUGGGAUUGGCUCAAUUUUGUUGUGGUUGGCUCUCUUUUGAUGCUAGUGUUGUGACUAAGGGAUCAUUGAACUAUUUAUUUUGUUGCACUUAGCUAAUAGGUUAUGUGAUAGUGUGAUUAGAUAAUAGGUUCAGUCAAUCUGACAACUAUGCACCCAACACAAGAAUUCAAAUUUGUAGAUAUGACCUGUGAGUAUGCAUACUGGAGAAAGAGAGAAGAAAAUUUGUGAGGAAAAAGAUUAAAGUGGAAUAACAACAUCGUCGUUGAAAAACAGAAAAUGGCUGCAUCAGUGUCUCUGCUUCGAAAACCUAGGAGCCUCCCUCUGUGUGCAUGGUUUGGGAGCAGGAGAAGGAGCUUGCAUUCUGAUGCGGCGUUGGAAGCCAUAGCCAAAGCUUCAGAAGACAAAGUUCCCAACUUGGUUGUCUACAACUACCCUACCUUCUCUGGAGCAUUCUCCACCCUCUUUGCUCACCUCUUCCACAUUCGUCACAACCUCCCUGCCCUCAUUUUGCCCUUCUCUUCGGUUCCAUUUCUCUCUCUCAGGGUUGAAGAUUUGUGCAUUGAAGGCCUUGAGACCUGCUACCUGCUUGAUUUUAUUCCACCAAAAGAAUUUAUUUUCAAACUUACCAAGCAAUCAAAAUGCAAGAUUAUUGGGUUUGAUCACCGAAAAUCGGUGCUUCGUAAUAUUCCCUCUGCUGACGAUCUUGCUGAGAACAUUAUGAUUCAUGUUAACCAUGAGAAGAGUAGCUCAAGUGCUGUUUAUGAAUACUUUUCGAGAAAAAGUGCGGACAUGAAUUCUGAUGGUGUGGUUCCAAGUUUAGUGGACUCGAAAGACAAGGAGCAUUUGGAGAUGAUUCUUAGCUAUAUUGAGGAUGGAGAUCUUCGCCGAUAUACCUUGCCUAACAUUAAGGCCUUUAACAUUGGACUGAAUGAAUGGCGGGAAAAGCUUAACUACAUUUCCAAUCCGAACAUGUAUAAGCAGUUGCUGGAGUUAAGUGCUGAAGGUUUAAUCGCUAAAGGAAACUCACAUGUUUCAUCUCGCCAGAAUGCUGCAAGUAAACUGCUGCAAAAGGUGUUUAGGGUUCGGUUGGGAAGAGGAUUUUAUGGAGAGUGCCUGGGUGUUCCGGCAGAUGGGAACUCAAACUUAAGUGAUGAAAUUGGAAGACUCCUUAGUUUGAAAAGUGCUGCUGCUGGUUUGAGACCCAUAGGAGCUGUGAUAUUCAUGCAACGGAAUAAUCUCAAAAUGUGCUUGCGGAGCAUGGAUAGGGUCACUGAUACCUCUGAAGUUGCAAGGGCCUAUGGUGGAGGUGGUUCCCCAAGUUCAAGUUCCUUCAUAAUAAGGAUGGAUGAGUACAACCAAUGGAUUUGAGUGAAUUGAUCCUGAGCAUUCCGGUUGAGAUCAACAGUGACAGUAUGAUGGCUGGUUUACUUGAUGUAAUUUUGAGAUCAUCUGGCACGAUUAAUGAGAUCCGUUUACAAGACAGACGAUGCUUUGACAGGGACCUUUCGAAGAUGAUACUGACCCUGUCUUCCAGCUAGAUGCUCUUGCUUCCAUCUGUAUAUGAAUGAUAUUGAUAAUGACAAUUGAUAUGCUGUGAAGGGAAAGGGUUUCAUUGCAAAGGACGUAGGGUUCAAGAACACGGCAGGCGCAGACAAGCAUCAGGCGGUGGCACUGCGAUCAGGGGCGGACCAAUCAGUGUUCUACAGGUGCUCCUUCGAGGGUUUCCAGGACACACUGUACGCCCAUUCCAACAGGCAGUUCUACCGCGACUGCGACAUCACCGGCACCAUCGACUUCAUCUUUGGCAACGCCGCAGUGGUC